AGGUUGGCGAAGUGCGGUGGUUUGGGGCUGGCCGCGGUGGACUGCCACAUCUCAAUUUUGGUCGGCAUGAACACGAGUGCCGCGACGGAAGCUCCUGCGCCAGCUGUGGCGUGGUCAGAGCAGCUCACGUCGGUGGAAGCGAUCACACUCGUGGGGCUCCCCAUUGCGUCGUUCGUGCUGAUCUAUAUCUUGCUUCGCAUCGUGUGGAAGCCACUGGCGUCCAACCCCAAGUACUCGCUCCCGCUCGCGUCGAGCGUCCCGCAUUACGGCGCCACCACUGGCGCCACGACAAGUCAAGGCAGCCCCAUCGAGGAAGGUGAAGUCGCUGGCGACUACGAAGACCACUGGACAAAGACGUUUGACUUUGUCUUUUUGAUCGGGAUGGUGCUGUAUUUGGCCGUUGUGGUCGCGUUGACGUGGGUGUACAGCCCCGAGUACUUCACGACGCCCUUGUUUUGGUGGUCGCAACUCCCCAAGGUCGGGUGCAUGAUGAUCGUGUCGAUGAUCGGUGGCCUCAUCUGCCGCAUGUUUUGCUCCGUUGACAGCAAUGGGUACAUUAUCACAAACAAGAGCUCGGCAUUCAAGGUCAACUACACGCGCAAGCUGCAGCACUUUGCCGCGUACAUGGUGCCGCUGGUGAUGCACACCAACUUCCAUGGCCCGCUCGCGCUCGCGUGGGGCGACUUCUUCACCAUGAUCGGGUUCCUGGUCCUUAUCAAGCCCGUGCGCGAGUCUCUGUCGUUCUUCAUGCUCCAGUUCAACUCGCUGGAUCGCCCGGAGGACCGCCCGCACACGCUCAAGUGGAUCAUUGCCGGCAACAUCGCGCCGGGGUUGUUCAUCCUCAUGUUUUUCAAGUGGCUCUUUGCCGAGAACGGCGACCUGGUCUACAUCAUCGUGUUCAUCACGGGCAUCGGCGACGGCUUGGCCGAGCCCGUCGGCAUCAUGUGGGGCAAGCACAAGUACAAGACGACUGCGUGCUUCUCGACGCGCGCGUACACGCGCAGCUGGGAAGGGUCGACGUGUGUGUUCUUGUCGGGCAUGAUCUUCCCCGCGCUGCAGUACGCCGACUUUGACAGCUUUGCGCAAGUCCUGGUCUCGAUGAUCGUGCUGCCGCCGACGAUGGCGUACGCGGAAGCGAUUGCACCCCACACGAUGGACACUCCCGUCCUCAUGAUCGGAUGCGGCAUCAUUUUGUGGGUCAUCACGACGUUUGUGUAGCUCGGCGUGUUGUGUCUAUCGUAGAAAAUGGACCAAGCCUUCAUCCUGUCCUCCA